AUGAAUGUCUUUGAUGAUUAUUCGAGAGAUUCAAAUAUUUCAACUGAAUCAAUAAUUAAUUCUAUUACCUAUUUAAAAGGAGUGAUGUUUUGGGGUGCCCAAACAUAUAUGUACAUAAACAUAAUUCAUUUUUUUAUGUGCAUCUUAGUAGUAAUAAUCUAUUGUGCAUUAUCUGACAAGAACAAAAAUCUUUACAACCGCCUUGUUUUACGACACAAUAUAUGCCUUCUUUUGCUUGGUGGAAUUCUCACUUUACUGGGCUACUGUCACAUGUACAAGUGUUGCUAUGGAAAUUUGGUGACUCGGUUGUUUUGGCUAAGCUUGCAAUACUUUACCAAUGCCACUGUAUUUUGGCUGAACGUCAUUUGUUUCGACAUGACUUUGGUGAUUACGCGCCUCAGUUGGAUUUUUAAUAUUGUUCGUCGAGAAGAUGAAAAUCAAAAGCUUAUCAUCUAUAGCCUGUUCGUUUGGUGUGGCGCUUUGAUACCAACUCUGACAGCUGCAAUUUUUGAGUUUGUUCCUUUAGUACCAAAUGACUUCUUCAUGAAGGUCAACUUCAUAGAAGCUUCUAAGGGUCCUAGGCCAGUAGUUAAUAUGUACUUCUUUCUCGUACCUGCACACACUCUUUUUUUCAAUAAUUUGUUAUUUGUUUUUACCACCUACAGUAUUGUUAAAAUACAGCAAAGUACGAAAUUGGCCAUAAAAAAUCAAGAGAGCUUACUUCGAAAACAAUACUUUUUAUUCUUGAGGCUCUAUGUUUUUAUGGGGGCUCCUUGGUUUUUUGGUACAGUGUUAGCUUGUUUUAAUAAACUUGUUGUGCUAAAAAUGUGUAGGUUAAUGCAACCAAUUUUGUGGUUAAUUAUGCUUGCUUCUCGUAGUAAAAUACGGCAACACGUAAUUUAUAAGUUUCUUUGGAAAAAAUUUACGUGGAUAAAUAAACAAAGCACCAAGAGAGUGGAAUUAAAUGACGUUAUUAAUUUAAAGCCAAAAAAUAAUCUAGUAACAAAUUAA